UAGUCAGCGAGGCCCGCCAAAACGAGUCUUAAGGCCCUGAAGGUUUGUUGUUGUGGGGAUUUUGGCGGGAGAGGCGAGCGAGAGAGAGACAGGGUGCAGAGUAGUGGUGGAUUUGCCAUUUGAUUUGCAGGAGUUUGGUCUUGGCAGUGUGCUGUGGGACGUCAGUGAGGUGGCACCGCAGCAGAUACUGUGAACUAAGGAGGCUGCAGUGAGGAACUUGCUGUCCCUGGCUGCUAUGGUGUUAGUACCGCCGUGCAUGGAGGAAGAGCUGCAGUACUUCAGGCGGUCGUGUGAGGUGUUUGUCUCUCUCCUCAACCACGCGUAUCAUGGGUGACAAGAAAGCCGAAAAAGAAUUCAUUGCUGAAUUUAUUGAGGUGUAUCGUGGUCUUCCCGCCCUGUGGGAUGUGAAAUGCAAAGAUUAUACAAAUCGUGCCAAAAAGGGGGAGCAGUACGAUGUGCUGAUAGAAAAGUACCGUGAAAAAUAUCCGGAUGCUGAGAAACAAGAAGUAGUAAAAAAAGUAAAUUCUUUGCGAACAAACUUCCGGAAAGAAUUAAAAAGGAUUCGCGAUGCAGACAGAAGUGGUGCCGGUGCAGAGGAUGUGGAACCUACACUUUGGUAUUUUGACGAAAUGAAGUUUCUUGUAACUCAGGAAACACCUACUGCUUCAAUCAGCACGAUGGACAUAUCUCAGGAUGUUCAUGACAACGAGGAUCGUGGCGACGCAAAUGAAACCAGAGCGGUGGAUGAUGAAUCUCGUCAAAAGAACAGGAAACGUAAAGCUCCAGAUCCCACUGAGGAAUUGGUGAAAUUGGCCUCCAAACGCCUUCAACAACCACAAGACGACAGUGACGUAGUUGCUGCAGCUUGGGCAGUCGAGCUCCGAAAAAUGGAUCCACAACAGCAGUUGUUUGCAAAGAAGGCCAUCAAUGAGAUACUGUUUGAGGGACAAAUGGGAACCUUACACCGUAGUUCAGUUGAAAUUAACGUCUCACGUGUGGCCACACCAUUAUAGUGUUCAGUCCCUCCCUUCCCCUUCAUUCCCUCAGUAUGAAUCAGCAAGUGCCUCCUCGCAACACACAGGUGGAUAUUACACUACUUUGCAUUAAGACAGUUACUUUCCAACUUCAUGUAGGCUAGGUAUACCUUAUGUAGGUAUACCUUAUGUACAAUGUCAAGUUUUGUUCUAGCCAAUGUAUGCCAAUAUUUUGAAUGUAUAAAUAAAAGGAUUUGAAAUGGAAAAA